AAGUCUCACUGAGGAAAGGACGCUUUGCCUCAGACCCGGACAAUCGACACUCCCACCAGCCCUACAAACUAUUGGGACUUCCCCAGCUGAUUGUGGUGUGGAUGUUGCCUGCCAGAAGGACCUAGAAAGCAUAGAGGAAUUCUCUUCCUGCCCUACAGCUUGGGGACUUAGUCAGCAUCACAUUUCACUUGCCGUACAUUGUUCACUCCUGGACUACUGCAGGAGAGAUCCUGGACCUCUGCCAAGAGCCAGCAGGAGUUGGACUGUGUACUUGCGUGGCACCCUUCUCUUAUCCAUAUAACCUGUGAGAGCAGAAGAUUAACAGAUUCUACUUAAAGAAGCAACAAACAAUGGAUCCCAAAGGUUGGCGUGUGGAACUAAAUGAUGGCCACUUCAUUCAUGCACUGGGAUUUGGCACUUAUGCCCCUAAUGAGGUUCCUAAGAGCAAAGCUGUGGAGGCCACCAAAUCAGCUAUAGAUGCCGGCUUCCGCCAUAUCGAUUGUGCUCAUUUGUACGACAAUGAAAAGGAGGUUGGAUUGGCUAUCCGAAGCAAAAUUCAAGAUGGCACUGUGAAGAGAGAAGACAUAUUCUGCACUUCAAAGCUUUGGGCUACUUCUCUUCGACUGCAAUUGGUCCGGCCUGCCUUGGAAAAGUCUCUGAAAAAUCUUCAACUGGACUAUGUUGACCUCUAUAUUAUUCAUUUUCCUGUGGCUGUCAAGCCAGGGGAGGAACAUCUUCCACAAGAUGAACAAGGAAGAAUGAUAUUUGACACAGUGGAUCUCUGUGCCACGUGGGAGGCCAUGGAGAAGUGUAAAGAUGCAGGAUUGACCAAGUCCAUCGGAGUGUCCAACUUUAACCGCAGGCAGCUGGAGAUGAUCCUAAACAAGCCAGGGCUCAAGCACAAGCCUGUGUGCAACCAGGUGGAAUGUCACCCUUAUCUCAACCAGAGCAAACUGUUGGAUUUCUGCAAGUCAAAGGAUAUUGUCCUGGUUGCCUACAGUGCUUUGGGAAGCCAACGUGAACAUUGGAUAGACCAGAGCUCCCCAGUCCUCUUGGAGGAUCCAGUUCUUUGUGCCAUGGCAAAAAAGUACAAGCGAACUCCAGCACUGAUUGCCCUUCGCUACCAGCUACAGCGUGGGGUGGUGGUCCUGGCCAAGAGUUACAAUGAGAAGCGGAUCAAAGAGAAUGUGCAGGCUUUUGGGUUCCAGUUGACUUCAGAGGACAUGAAAGUCCUAGAUGGCCUAAACCGAAAUCUGCGAUAUGUUACUUUAGAAAUGUUUGCUGGCCACCCUGAGUAUCCAUUUUCUGAUGAUUAUUAACUUGGAGGCCUUUGUCCUGAUCUCCACUAGAAGCCCUGUGUGUGGAUAGUGAGGCAAGAAAUGUCUCAGAUGUUGGGAAUUGCAUACAUCAGCAUGAAUUUCAUCCAUGUUGUUUAGAAACACAUACUCAGCAAGAUUUAAGUCCAUAGGUCAGGAAAGAAAGGCACUCAAUAUUUGUCACAUCCUGUAACAAUUAAAAAUUUUCCCCACAAAUCUCUUUCCUA